UACGAUCGACUCGAAAAUGGGACAGCCCGGUUUCCGUCGUGCCAUAGGGCACAUUUCGUUGGUGGUGGCACUGAUGUGCACAACCUGUUUCCAAGUGGAAGGACUACCUCAUCCGCCAACCACCACGCCGGCACCGAUGAUGGAGAGGAUGGUGGAGCAGGCCUACGACGAUAAGUUCGACAACGUCGAUCUGGACGAGAUCCUUAACCAAGAGCGGCUGUUAAUCAACUACAUAAAGUGCCUGGAGGGCACAGGUCCUUGCACGCCCGAUGCCAAGAUGCUGAAGGAGAUCCUACCCGACGCCAUCCAAACCGAUUGCACCAAGUGCACGGAGAAGCAACGGUAUGGUGCUGAAAAGGUGACCCGUCAUCUCAUCGACAACCGACCCACCGACUGGGAGCGUCUGGAGAAGAUCUACGAUCCCGAGGGAACCUACCGCAUCAAAUACCAGGAGAUGAAGGCCAAAGCCAAUGCGGAGCCUUGAUCAAGUUCUAUUUUAUUUCGUUGUUAACUUUAGUGUUUAUGUUGCUUUAAUUAACGAAUAAACUGCAGAGAAGCUUCAA